AUGGUACAUGAACCUGAUGACCAGAGACACAUUUCUGCUGACAAUGCUCUUAUACCACCACCUGCAAUAGCUACAUUGGUAGAGGAGAUGUCCCUUGAAAAAUAUAACGCAAGGCCGUUAUCAUCACCUCGAGAUGUUGGAACACACCUCUUACCAGAAUUUCUGCCAACUCAGUAUCAUGAAAAGAAACCAAAGACUAUCUAUCUACAGCGUAAUCCAAAAGACGUGGCUGUUUCGUGGUAUUUCAUGCAUUUUGCAAGUCGAGUAUAUGGGAAGCCGACCAGCUGGGAUUAUUUUGUUGAAGAACUUCUGAAAGGAAAUGUUGAAUAUGGCUCCCCGAUCGAGCACGUCAAACAAUGGUCUAAAUAUAAACAACAACCAGGAUUCUUAUGGCUGAAAUAUGAAGACAUGCUGAAGAAUCCAAAGAACAUAUACUACAAGAUCGCACAUUUCUUAGAAAUACAAAUGACUGAAGAAGAAAUGGAGGUUGUUAUGCGUUUUUGUGAUUUUAAAUAUAUGCAAGAGUUUUUCAAAAAUGACCCAGUAGCUCAAGAUUUUAUGGAAAAAGACGGGAAUCAUGUAAGAAAAGGAAAAAGUGGUGACUGGAAGAAUUAUUUCACUGUUGCUCAAAACGAAGCAUUUGAUAAAAUGUACCAUGAAGAAAUGAAAGGAUAUGAAGAUUUUAAAUAUGAAUUUUGA